CAGCAUCUGACCCCCUUCGUCCACCACGCUCUCCUCCAUCAUGGCUACCAGCAAGCGCAGCGUCGUGCUGCACUUCGACCUGAACCGUACCGUCCUCAUGUCGGACGCUGCAGGUGGUCGCACUAUGGAGAACACGGUGGAUUAUCUCCUGUCCGAGUGUACGUGGGGCUACGUGAACCCCAGCAGUCCAUCCGAGUGGAUCUGUGUCUCGAACGCGUCGUCUAUUGAGCCCCCAGCGGCUGAAUCCAAUGGACACAAGCUCAUAACCUACAAGCAGUUCGUGGACGACGCCCACCCGUACCAGAGUCUGGCUACAGCUCAGGGCAGUGACAUCGACGAGAUUAAAGCCGUGAAUAAAGCAGCCAAGAAGAAGCGCACAGCGUUACAAUCAGCUUUCACAGGUGGGGACAACGCACCUGGUCGUCGCGUGCGUGAUUCCUUUAAAGAGGUGAUGGAGAAGCUGCAUUUCCCUAUGGGAGAGCAGCGAGAAGCAGCCAAGCAAUUGGCAGCAACGAUGCCCAAGUCUCGACUCCAGGAGGCCUGGAGUGAAGGUCGCUACUACCUGUUACCAUCAUUCUUGCAGUUCUUGUCGUACUUGGCGUCUCCUAAAGUGACAGACAAAGAGAUGGACGUGAAGCUCGUGUUUCGCACCUUUGGUGAUGACAUUGUAGAGGUCGCGAAGGAGCUGGAUCUCCUCGUGGACGGACAACACCCCGUGGGUCUACCUGCCCUACCGGAGCGGUUCCGACUCAAGCUGGAGCCCAGUGCACGUCGUAUCGGCACGUUCUAUCGCGACGGAUUUGAGACUGACGGCACGGCGUUGGCAGUGGGAACGCUCACCAAGGUGCCGUUCUCGUCCAAGCUGGCGGAGGAAGGGGCCAGUGCUCCCAACAACUUCUACGCGGCUUCGGAGCCGGAAGUUAAGGUGAUGCGCGGCUUCCAGUCUAUUCAAGAGACUCUGGGUGGUAUGCUGCAGGGUGCUAGUACGCUGGCUCUUCGUGACUACUGGGAGUGGUGGAGUGCUCAUGCUGAGGACGGGCAGUACGGGAAGUUGCUAUUGGUUGAUGAAGAGAAGGAUGACGUUAGUGUCUUCUUUGACGACCACAUUGAGGCUCAUCACUCUCACAUUGUGGAUGUGCGUGACGUUCGCUCGGGUGCCCCUGUGGCCUUCGAAAAGAGCCGCGGUAAGUACCUCCAACGAGUGGAGCCCUUCGCAGCCAUCACGGACCCGAACUACUUCACCUCGCUGUUCGAAAACUACGUGACCAAGUAGAGCAACUGGAUGAGGUUAGAUGAUGGUUUUGAACGCUAUUCAACCCCUACAGUUCUAUUGGAAGUGUAGUUUUAACGUGUGUUUAUUCUGCUCUUACACAUCCAAGAUAUACGCCAGCAAUUCCGGUGACUGCUGUCGUAGUGAGAUGGCAAACAUGACUGCCAUCGCUGAUCCGACCAACCACGUGAUCGACACUGCGAGGUGGAAAGCCAAAGCGUUCAACGCCACUGAACUCCCAUUGGACUCCUUGACCACACGACGUAGAGCUACGUCAAUGUAGAUUGCAACUGCAGCGGCUGCAAAGUGGACGAUGAUGUGGCGGUAGAUGCGCAGGAUACUCAGCUUACAGAUGCCAAGUUGGUCCUGACGUUGUUCCACCUUGGUCACCAACGCUUCACGUUGUGCUUGUAGACCGAAUUCUCCACGUUCCGCGAGAUCCAGUACGUCCUCCGAUACUUCAUCUCGUGACGUUCGUUGUCGCUCCAAUCGAGUCUCAGAGAAUCGACCAGCUGCAGCCCCCACGUUGUAUACGCAGUAGAUGAACCAGAGCGACAAGACCAGUAGAAGCACCGAUAGAUCGGUGUUGGUGGACAUCUCCAGUGUCCUGUCACUCAGUAUCUCGGUCUUCUGAACGUAGUAAAACGUGUGCAGUGCUGCUCCACCUACAGCACAGAGUAGCGCUGUCACUGCGAUAGAUGGUAGUAAGAACACCAGGCGUCGAAUGAAGUUCGUGCCACUGGUUGGGAACGCGAAGAGCAGCAGGUGGAAAGUCACGCCUCGAAAGAGAUUGAAGGUGGUCUUGGCCGCAAGAGAGAUCAGAAGUUGAACGGAGUUCGAGUAGCUAGAAUGAAUCGCGAAAGGGUUAAUACUCAAUGCGAGCUCGUCGAAGCUCAACGUUUUGUCGUUUAGCAGACAGUAGUAGUCGAACCGAUUCAACAAUGAAGCG